AUGCAGGAGGCACUGGGCGACACCUUUGCUGUGCCCCUCAAGUCCCUGGGCUCCGGCUCGGACCUGACCCUGCCCUCCUCCUCCGAGGCCGACACCUUGGAGCGCCAUGACCUGGCCCUGCUGGCGGGGUCGGCCCCUACCCUGACCCGCGAUGAGAUAUUGGAGCGGCGCCGGAAGCAUUACGGCCCCAACCUGGCCCUGUUCUUCCCCGAGGACCCGCUGCACGUCACCAGCGCCGUCGGCUGCCGGCUGUACACCAGCGAUUCCCGCGAGGAGGCCGACUCCUACCUGGACUGCAUAAACAACGUCUCCCACGUGGGCCACUGCCAUCCCCAGGUGACGGCGGCCAUCGCCGGGCAGCUGGCGCGGGUGAACACCAACAGCCGGUACCUGAGCCAGGAGCACGUGCAGUAUGCGGAGGCGCUGACGGCCACCUUCCCCGCCCCGCUGGAGACGCUGUACCUGCUGUCCUCGGGGUCGGAGGCCAACGAGCUGGCGCUGCGCGUGGCACGCACGCUGCGCUGCGACGGCGCGCCGCGCACGGCGCCGCUGCACGUGGCCGUGCUGGACCACGCCUACCACGGCCACACCAACGCCGCCAUGGAGCUGUCGCCCUACAAGUUCUACGGCCCGGGCGGCGCGGGCCGCGCGCAGCAUGUCCACGUCCUGCCCUGCCCGGACACGUACCGCGGCACGGGGCUGGGCGGCGAGGCUGCGGCGCGCGCCGCGGUGGCCGAGGCUGCUGCCGCGGGGGCCACCAUCGGCGCCUUCUUCGCCGAGUCGGUCAUCUCCUGCGGCGGCCAGGUCAUGUUCCCGGACGGCUACCUGGCCGGGGUCUACCGCGUCAUGCGGGAGCAGGGCGCGCUGUGCGUGGCGGACGAGGUGCAGUGCGGGUUUGGCCGCGUGGGCGACGCCUUCUGGGCCUUCCAGCUCCAGGGUGUGGUCCCCGACAUCGUCACCAUCGGCAAGCCCAUGGGCAACGGCUACCCGGUGUCGGGCGCGGUCAUGUCGCGCGCGCUGGCGGGCGCCUUUGCCGCGGCGGGCGGCGAGUUCUUCGCCACGCACGGCGGGUCCAACGCGGCGGUGGCCGCGGGCGCGGCCACGCUGCGCGUGCUUCGCGAGGAGGGACUGCAGGCCCGCGCCGCGGCCGUCGGCGCCCACGUCGCCGCGGGGAUGCGCGCGCUCCAGGCCGCAUACCCGACGCUGGUCGGCGAUGUGCGCGGGCGCGGGCUCAUGCUGGGCAUGGAGCUGGGGCCCUGGGGCUCGGUCAUCAAGUUCAAGCCGCCCAUGUGCUUCGGCGAGCGCGAGGCGGACCGCAUGCUGCGCGCGCUGGGGUGUGAGCUGGCGGCGCUGGCCGCGGACCACGAGCAGCUGCAGGCCCUGCACGACGCCAGCCGGGCGGCCGUGGCCCAGCUGACGCGGGCGCGCGAGGCGUGGGACUGA